AUGACUGCUCUUAAGAAGCUCUUGCCUUCCGCUAAUUCCCCAACGAAAAAACGAACAUUUUCGGACCCAGAGCAACCGGCGCAUCCCAGCGGAAGCAGCGUUCAACCAAUUGACGUCAUGGACAUAGACCCAGGAAAGUUGAUGGACAAGCUAAGACUGAAGUUUGGAUCGGAGUUCGAGAUUCAUAUGAUGCAUAAUGUGUACUGUAUCAAAGCGCCUGGGCUGCUUACAGCGGACGAUAUCGAGGAGUGCCGAUAA